GGAGCUGGUUUACACAGCUGAUAACAGCGCGUUUGGGACGGAUACGGUCGACUCUCUGCGGGUGAAAACGGAAAAAAGUGCUUCUUUCUCUCUGCUAUGACCAUGAGAAUAAACCCCAGACUUGUGAGGAAGCUGCUGAGAUGUUCGGAAACUUGUGUAUUCAGAGCGACGCGUGGACAUUCAAAGAGGACGCAGACACGACCUAUUGGGCCGUGUUGUUCGUUGUUGAGCAGAGUGAUGGCUCUACCUCUGGCUCCUGUUACUUCCACAGUCAGAUCAAGACGUAGCUUCAUCAACCUGGCCGCCUCCGUCAGUCCACGAAGGAUGGAGCACUCCGAAUGCAGAACGUUUGGGUACACUCCAGAGCAGAUUUACAACAUAGUGGCAGACGUUGAUCAGUACAGCCAUUUUGUACCUUGGUGUAAGAAAUCUCGGACAGCGAAGACUAGAAACGGACAGGUUCUUGCGCAGUUGAUGGUCGGAUUUCCCCCCGUCCUUGAACACUACAUCUCCGAAGUCACCUACAUCCCAAACCACCAAGUCCGGGCUGUGUCCAGAGACGGGUCGCUCUUCCGCCAUCUUGAGACUGUCUGGAGUUUUUCCCCUGGUCCCACCCCAAACUCCUGCAAUGUGGAAUUCUUUGUUUCCUUUGAGUUCAAGUCGGUAUUCCACUCUCAGCUGGCCAGAGUAUUUUUUGAAGAAGUUGCCAAAGAAAUGGUCAAUGCUUUCGAGUCCAGAGCUGCUGCACUUUACAAAAACAGUCCAACAAAAUCCACAAAGAAACCAACUUGACCACAGUGUUGAUACAGAGGUCGCUCCCUAUUGCACGCACAAACUUUGACCUACACUUUUGAUAUUGCAUUUAUUUAUAGAUCACAGGUUAAUUUAUUGUAUUACUUGUAAAUAGAAAUUAUAUUAGGUUGUUCUUGUUUUUUUUAAUUUUUGGUCACAUUUUUACACACAAGUACCUCAGACCUGACUUGUACCUCGGACCUGACCUCUACCUCAGCAAAAUGUUGUAGCUUAUCUAUUUAGUUUCUGAAAUAAAAAUCUCUUCCUUUGCUUCCUUUUAUGUUGUUUUUAAAUGAUAAUUAGCAUUUCCCCAUGUAUAAGUUCAGUGUGACUACUUUUGUCUGAAUUAAAGCUGCACUAUGUAACUU